AUGAUUACACCGACUUUCGUGUACCCUCCUCAGCCCUCUACUGCUAGGGCCACCAGUUCUUUCCUUUCUUAUGAUCCACAAAACAACAGAAUUGCUUAUGCAUCGGGCAGAUCCAUUAUCGUGCGCUCCUUAGACAGUGACAAGUUACCAAUCCAAUUCACCAAACAUAUUUUCCCUACAACUGUCGCCACAUUUAGUCCUUCUGGUAAUUAUGUUGCUUCUGGCGAUGAGUCCGGAAAUGUCAAAAUCUGGGAUACUUCAGUUUAUGGGAAAGAGGACGGCCUGUUUGAACAACCAACGGUGAAGGCCGAGUACCAAAUUCUUAGUGGUCCAAUUAGGUCAAUCGCCUGGGAUGCUGAUAAUCAAAGAGUCAUUGCUGUUGGCCAAGGUAAAGAUAGAUUCGGUCACUGCUUCACCUGGGAUACUGGUAACUCAGUUGGAGAGAUCCAGGGACAUUCCGAAACCAUCACUGCGGUUGAUAUUAGACAAGAGAGACCUUAUAGAGUCUGUACAGCUGGUGUUGAUAUGUCCUUGGUGUUGUAUACUGGCCCACCUUACAAGUUUGACAGAAGUAUUCGUUCUCUUCACACUAACACUGUCAGGGACGUUAAGUAUAGUCCCGACGGUCAGUGGCUUGUAAGUGGUGGCUCUGACAGAGCAAUUGCCCUUUUUGACGGCAAAACAGGCGACAGCUUGCUGAAGCCUAGGUUCGGUCAUGAUGGUAGUGUCUUUGCUAUCUCUUGGUUCCCCAAUUCGUCAGCUUUCGUGACAGCGUCUUCUGAUAACACCCUCAAAGCUUGGGACCCAAAGCUGUGUGAGACUAAGCACACGUACACUGUGGAGUCUCCCCCAUCAGUCUCUAAUCAACAGGUGGGUCUUAUCCUUACCAAGGAGUACGCUGUUUCGCUCUCGUUGAACGGUAAUUUAAACUUCUUCAAACACACCGAUUCAACUCCCCUGAAGAUAUGGUAUGGUCAUCAAAAGACCUUGACGGCUGUGGCUUCAGAUGAUAAGUAUGUCUACACUGGUGACUCAGACGGUUUGCUUAUCAGGUGGGAAAAAGAUGGCGAUCAAUUGAACCAGUAUCCGGAGAUCCUUGGGUCCAGGGAGGACCAGCAUACAAACUUCGUUAGAAGCGUAAUCAGUUCCAAUGGCAAUGUUUUGACCGCUGCUUGGGACGACAAGCUCAAACUUUGGAAGCUGGAUGGUACUCUUGUCAAAUCCGUCGAAUUAGAGGCGCAACCAAAGCAUGCUGCUACUCUUGAGAAGCUAACCAGCCAACCAUUGAAGUUUAAGGCUACAUAUGUUAGCCCUCUUUCCGAGACGAAUGUCCUUGUUGCUAACAAGAGUGGCAACAGAAUUGAAGAACUUCGUUUGGAUUCUGGUCUCGAGACUGUUCGUUCUUACGAGGCAUUGAGAUCUUCCCCAACAUUGAUUAAGGUCUCCCCUGAUGGAAAGUACGCCGCUGUGGCUGACACAACCGGCAAGUACACAUUGUACAACACUAGCGAUGGCUCAGUCGUGACUACUAGAUGGGCGUUCCACAACAGUCGAGUUGAGGAUGCCGAAUGGACAGAAGACUCUCAGUUCUUACUCAGUGGAGGAUUGGACAGUGGUAUUUUUAUCUACUCGGUAGCAAGACCAAUGAAGGUCUUGAAGUUCCCAUUGGCACACCAAAACGGUGUGACUGGCCUUAGUUGGUUGUCCUACGACAAGAAGGAGGGCUCGUUUGUGUCUACUGGUAGUGACGGUGUCGUGAAGACUUGGUCCGUCGAUUUCAGCGCCUAUGCUUAA